AUGGACCUGGAGGAUGACAAAAACUCAGUGGAUAUCCAUGACAACCCUCCAGCUCCUGACAAUGUAGUGAGGGAGGACGGAGACACCGUCUAUUUCAUAUAUGAGGAGGAGGUGGAGGUGGAACCAGAACCAGAACUUCCUCCUGAUCCAGUUAUCCGGGUCAACGACAGACCCCACAAGUUCAAGGACCACUACUGCAAGAAACCCAAGUUCUGCGAUGUCUGUGCUCGCAUGAUAGUCUUGAACAACAAGUUUGCUCUGAGGUGUAAAAACUGCAAGACCAACAUCCACCACUCAUGUCAGUCAUAUGUUGAGUUCCAGAGAUGCUUUGGCAAAAUUCCACCUGGCUUCAGAAGGGCCUAUAGUUCCCCCCUGUACAGCAGUGACCAGCCAGAUCAAAACAACCCGAACCGGAAUGACCCCGUCUUUGAUACCCUGCGGGUCGGUGUCAUCAUGGCAAACAAAGAGCGCAAAAAGAAUGAAAAUGACAAGAAAAAUAUGAUGAUGAUGAUGGAGGAAGAGGAAGAGGAGAACCAGCAACCUAAAGAGAAUGAGGAGGGAGGAGAAGGAAAGCCUGAUGAUAAGAAGGAGAAAGGAGGAGACAAAGCAGAUGACAAGCAGAAUAAAGGUACAUUCUCCCAGUCCCACUAUUACCUGGCUCUCUAUCGCUUCAAGGCCAUUGAGAAGGAUGACCUCGACUUCCACCCUGGUGACCGGAUCACAGUCCUGGAUGACUCCAAUGAAGAGUGGUGGAGGGGAAAGAUGGGGGAUAAGACAGGCUACUUCCCCACCAACUACCUCAUUAAAGUGCGUGCAUCAGAAAGAGUUUUCAAGGUGACACGUUCCUUUGUAGGGAACAGAGAGAUGGGACAAAUCACACUGAAGAAAGAUCAGAUUGUGGUGAAGAAAGGAGAUGAGAAAGGCGGCUACUUGAAGGUCAGCACUGGACGCAAGCUGGGCUACUUCCCUGCUGAUCUGCUGCAGGAGAUCACUGUGACAUAA